UCCUCUAUGAGGUCAAGCCUGCCAGUAUCAGAUUCACUUCAAACACAGCGAGUCUGAAGCCCAGUCUCUGUGUUGGCAUUGGGGCAUUAGAAACACACAGGAGCUGAGAGACUCCGCAGAAGCCAGGGUUUAAAAAAAAAUUUAAGAGUUAUUUUUACCUACCGAGAGAGAAGAAGGUUGUGAUAGCGUUGAACGUUAGCUUUACCACAGAGAGAGAGGCAGGGUUCUGAGUUGGUUUCCCACUGACAGAGAAGACAGAGAGCCAUCAGCAUCAUGGCGGCGACCCUGUGCCAGGUGAUGGGCUUUAUUCUGAGCCUGCUCGGUGUGGCUGGGAUUAUAGCCGCCACCGGGAUGGACCAGUGGGGGACGGAGGACUUGAAUGACAACCUUGUGACCUCCGUUUUCUCCUACUCAGGACUCUGGAGAUCCUGCGUCCGACAGAGCUCCGGAUUCACAGAGUGCCGACCCUACUUCACCAUCCUGGGGCUACCAGGUACGUACGCUAUGCCAAAUAUCCUGAUAAAAGGUCGACUGAGACCAAAACAUUGGUGAUUAGAUCCAUUAAAUGGUUGGCAUCAAGAUCACUGACGUGCUGGAGUUUUCCUCAUUUUCAAACGUUCACCAUGCCAACCUUACUUCCUGGGGCUACCAGGUACGGCGAACGCCAUUGUCCUUACACAGCAGCAGCAGGCUCUACUCUACACAGUAGUGACCAGAGCAACACGUUGACAUGACAUGAGCUCUUUGACAGAACAUGUAGAAGUAACUUGUUGAUUUACUGUGAGAGUUUAAGUUACUCAGUUAUUAUGGAUCCAGUUCAACAGUUAAUUGAAUGCAACUGACUAAAGUAAGUUGGACAAAUUCCCAUUUUAUGUUACAGAAAGCCAAGAAAGUCAGGAAAAGUAGGACAUUAGUUUAGGGUAGGUUAAUUUACAUAAUGUUGGAAUCGAUGGACAUUAGUUUAGGGUAGGUUAAUUUACAUAAUGUUGGAAUAGAUGGACAUUAGUUUAGGGUAGGUUAAUUUACAUAAUGUUGGAAUAGAUGGACAUUAGUUUAGGGUAGGUUAACUUACAUAAUGUAUGAAUAGAUGGCAAUAUUGAUUAAUUAGUAAAAGUCACACCUCUGGGGGGAUAGACUCAGAAUCAUGAUUGAGAAAUAGGUAAAUAUUGUCGUGUGGUGAUUGGGAAAUGUCUAAAUACUUUGGAUUUUGUUUCCUGAGAACCACAUAUGAAAAGAAGGUCAGGCGAGGCACACCCUUACUCGUACUGAAAAUACAACCGUUGCCCGAAACUGUGACAGCAACUGAUAACAUUUUUUUGCAAACACCUCAUAAGGUUAUUUCCCUGUUCAAGAGUACAUAGUGAUAAGAACCAGAGGAUUGACAGCCAUUUCAUGACUUCAUUUACAUCAUGAAGCCAAGGAGGGGUUUGACAUCGAACAAAAAGGGAACCUAAAAUGGCCGCCGCAAUGGUUCGCUUAUCGGCUUUAUGCUGGGUGUAUUGGGCCAAGUUUUGAUAUCUGCUGCCACAGCUAUGUGGGGUUUACAGGACCAUUAUUUCUUAGUUGUAACAUCUCAAUCGAGCUUUGUACGUCGAGUACCUCUCAAAGGUGUGGCUCUGUCUAGAAAAUAUAUUACAUCUGUUUAUAUAAGUAGACAUUAAUAAGUGGUAUAAAACAAAUUAUUAUUUUUUUCACUUGACUUUGAAACAAACCAUUUUGAGCAUUUCGAAUCUAGUUUCUUCAGCAGCGUUUGAUCUUUAACAGUGCGGGUUAAAGGCAGGAAGUGAGAUUAUCUUCCUGGGAAACAAAAUAUAGUUUAGUCAGUGGGUCAUUUUAAGGAGUAGAGUUCAAGGCAAUGAUCCAUAAAAGGUAAAGUUUGUUUUUGUCUCACAAAAUCUAGUUUUAUUGAUUCAAACAACUUUAAUAGAUCAGAUCGAUCUUUAAUUGAUGCUAAUGACGUUUUUUUUUUAUCCCCAUAAAAAUCUGUCUGUUUAAACUAGAGAUAUUUGUUUUUGCACUGGCUGCAUCUUAAUCCACCACAUCCGCCGAUGUAAGCCUUCCGCAUCUGCAGUGGAACGUGAUAGCCCUGUUCGUCACAAGAUAUCCCGAAAAAUCGGUCUUCUCAUGAAAAUGUCUGUAGCAUCCGAACGGUUUGGCAUAACAACUAAUGUGACCCCACUAUGGAAAGGGGAGACUUUCACGAACACAAUGGUGUUUUUCAGCCCCCACAAGUGUCACGGGACUCGUCUGAAGGCAACCCGUUACCGGUAAAAAAAAAAAAAUGGAAGUAUGGAAGUAGUUCUGUGCCCUCCCCCCCAAAAAAUAAGGGGUUAAAUAUGUGUCCAAAAAAACUACAAUAUUUUCUGAUCUUUCUUACAUCUCCUAGAUAUAGGACAGACACUUCGAAACCUAAUUCCUUAUGAUACAUUUUUUUGAAUGUCUAUUUUACAGUUUAUUAAUGUGUUAUUUCAUACGUUUCUAUGGGCUAUAGCAGUAAAGACCAAAUUCAAUAUUUUAUCAAUUAAUUAUAUAUUUUUUUAAUUGAUACCUGCAGGGGUCCUAAAAUUCAAAACCAAAUAGCUAAAUGAUCCAUGGUAUAACCUUCUUAAAACAAUUCCAAAUGUUAGCUUAGUAGAGACCCCCAAAAGGCUUAGACCUUUAGGGGUAAAAUAAUUUGUCAAGAGCAGGAAGUGAGAUUAUCUUCCGGGCACAAAAUAUAGUUAAGCGGCCCCUCAAAACAGGAGUACUAUACAGUGCCUUGCAAAAAUAUUUAUCCCCCUUGGCAUUUUUCCUAUUUUGUUUCAUUACAACCUGUAAUUUUUAUUUGGAUUUCAUGUAAUGGACAUACACAAAAUAGUCCAAAUUGGUGAAGUGAAAUGAAAAAAAGAAUUUAUUUCAAAAAAUUCUAAAAAAUAAAUAACGGAAAAGUGGUGCAUACAUAUGUAUUCACCCCCUUUGCUAUGAAGCCCCUAAAUAAGAUCUGGUGCAACAAUUACCUUCAGAAGUCACAUAAUUAGUUAAAUAAAGUCCACCUGUGUGCAAUCUAAGUGUCACAUGAUCUGUCACAUGAUCUCAGUAUAUAUACACCUAUUCUGAAAGGCCCCAGAGUCUUCAACACCACUAAGCAAGGGGUACCACCAAGCAAGCGAAUACUUUCGCAAGCCACUGUAGGGCCCUAAUCAAUACAAUAAAACAGGAGUACUAUAGGGCCCUAAUCAAUACGACAAAACAGGAGUACUAUAGGACCCUAAUCAAUACAACAAAACAGGAGUACUAUAGGACCCUAAUCAAUACAAUAAAACAGGAGUGCUAUAGGGCCCUAAUCAAUACAACAAAACAGGAGUACUAUAGGGCCCUAAUCAAUACAACAAAACAGGAGUACUACAGGGCCCUAAUCAACUAUAGGGCCCUAAUCAAUACAACAAAACAGGAGUACUAUAGGGCCCUAAUCAAUACAACUUUUUUUGUCUUUUGAAUGUAGAUUUUAGAAUAAAUGUAGUUUUUAGCUUUUUUAAAUGUUGGAACUGUCACGACUUCUGCCGAGGCUGCCCCCCCCCCCUCCUGGUUCGGGCAGGCUUCGGCGUUCGUCGUCACCGGAGUACUAGCUACUGCCGAUCCCAUUCUCAUCACUCCACUUGUCAUGUCUUGUCAAUCACACACACCUGGUGCUCAUUCCCCUAAUUAGUAUGUGUAUAAGUGUUCCCUCUGUUCCCCCUGGUCUUUGUGAGUGAUUGUUUCAUUGUGAGAGCCAGGAGCUCGGUUGAGCUACUCUUCCAUUUGUUAUUGCCAAGGUGGAAUAUUUCCCUUGUAAUAGUUUCGUUUUGACGCUGGGUGCGUUUUAUUUAUGUAAACGGAAUAAACUCUUGACUUCGGUGUUUCACCUCCUGCGCCUGACUCCUUCAUUCACACCUCGUCACAGGAACGUCUGUGAUCUACAUUAAACACCACAGUACUUUGGUAGAUGUACAGAACACUAAUAGGAAAGCAGUACUUAUAGGAUACACAAAAUAACGGGACACCUAAGUUUAAAUUGAAGACUAGUUUAUCUGACUGUAUGUUUUGGUUUGACCCGUAGCUAUCUGACUGUAUGUUUUGGUUUGACCCGUAGCUAUCUGACUGUAUGUUUUGGUUUGACCCGUAGCUAUCUGACUGUAUGUUUUGGUUUGACCCGUAGCUAUGCUCCAAGCUGUGCGGGCCCUGAUGAUAGUGGGGAUAGUUCUGGGAGCCAUCGGCUGUCUGAUCGCCAUCUUUUCCCUCAAGUGUCUGAAGAUGGGGAACAUGGAGGACAACAUCAAGGCUACCAUGACGCUGACCUCUGGGGUCAUGUUACUGCUCGGAGGUGAGGUGACGUUGUGGUAAUGUUUUGGUAAUGUUUUUGGUAUUGAUUUUCAUAACUGGCAAGCAAAAUCAUUCUGAUUCAAUUUGGGUUUAAAGCCACAAAAAUAAAAAUUUCCGUGAUCUGAAAAUGACAAUGGACAAUACAGUCUUCUUCUUCUUUUCUAACCAACAUGUCAAUGUAAUUUCCAUCCUCCUAGGUGUUUGUGGCAUUGCUGGAGUGUCUGUCUUUGCCAACCUAAUCGUUACCAGCUUCCGGUUCACCACCUACGCAGAUGGUGGAUAUGGAGGAGGAGGAUUAAUGGGGGGAGGGUUAGGAGGACUUGGAGGAUCUCUCACUCCCAGGUACAUUAAAGCCCUCAUGCAGUCUUUUAAAAUUUAGUUUAUCAGCACUGUAGUCUAAUAAACUAGUGUUUUUAUUUAUUUAUUGACGAACAGUAACUCCAAAUAUAUUUUUGUAUCAUUUGUGCCAUUGAAAUGCUCGGUCUAAUUGUGUGGGCGUGUCAACACAAAUGUAAAUAUAUUUACAUACACAGCCCUGAUUGGCGGAUAGGAUCGUCUAGAGCCUACCCCGCUUACCCCUUUUUAAAGUAGGAGGAUACAUAUGCAAAUAAAAGAUGACUGGUCAUUGAUCAUAAUAAUCAGAUCAGAUUGUGAUGUUUUUUUUUUAAACUGCACUGCCCCUUUAACUGCAACAUGAGAAGGAUUCAGUUUUGCUGCAUCCCAAAUGGCAUCCUAUUCCAUAUAUAGUGCACUACUUUUGACCAGAGCCCUAUGGGAUGAGAUAUGGAAUUUGUUUCUAUUAGUGGACAUGAACAAGUGGUAUAAAACAAAUAUGUGGGCCCUGGUCAAAAGUAGUACGAUAUGUAGGGAAUAGUGUUCCAUUUAGAAGGCAAGCUUGGUUUAUUAGCUGGUAUCAAUCAUAAGGUCGUGAUGCCAAUUUGUCAUUUUUUUUAAAUGUGGCAAUGUAUCUCUUUGGUUUCUCAGGUACACCUUUGGCUCCGCCCUCUUUGUGGGUUGGAUAGGCGGAGCCGUGCUGGUGGUGGGCGGGGUUUUGUUGUGUAUGGCCUGUCGGGGGAUGGUUCCACCAGAGGAGAAGAGACAAAAGUGAGUCGCAUUUUAUCCACCAGAAACGGGCUCAUUCCCUCAAUAGAAAAUGACAUCAUUCUCUUGGAAAAACACACAAGGACUUUCAAAUCAUGAACACACGCCUCGUACAUGAUCCAUCAAUGGCUUUAUAAAUGAAAGUUACUGUGUGACCAAACUUUCAAGUAAUUCCGGAAUAUUCCCAUGUUAUUCUUAAUCGUUUAGUUUUCUUUCUCUCCUCAGUUAUGGGAUGGCCUACAAGCCUGCCUCCCACCACACUGCCGCGUACAAAGCUCCCACCAGACCCAGAGCGGCCUACGACGAUUCUUUCAGAGCCCAGAGUAUGGAUGGAAGACAAUCCAACCAGCAAUAUGUGUGAAGAACGUAACAUUAUGUACCAGUUAGGUUAAAGAGGUUCUCUGAAACUAAGCAAAAACUGUUUUAAUGUAUCGACGCCAAUCUCAUGUAGCUCUGAGGGGCUUAGAAGAUUUCAUAGAGUUGCUAUAGAGGUUUCAUAGAGGGUUGAUAUAGAGCAGGGUUCUUCAAUUCCGGUCCUGGAGGGCCGAAAC